GUGGCAACAUGUUUAAGAGAGGAGGACGAGGAGGACGAGAAAGAGGAGGUGGUGGUGGCAGUCCUGAAAGACGGGGGCAGUCCGACUGUCCCUGCAGCAUUACAAUACUGCGCGGGAGCCCGACUCACCCAAUCUCCGCUCGAUGUGUUCGUUCUCGGUUCUUCUUCACUCCUGGCGGUUCUGCGCGAGCAUGUUCCGCUCGAUCUUCUGGGAACGACAGAUUCUCACGACCUGAUACUCCCGAGUGGCCUGCCAGCUGAUGGAACGAAACCCAUGUUUCUCCUGUUCUUGCUGUUCUCGCGUUGUGAGCGCCUCAGAAUUCCGAAAGCAUGGGUGGCCCAGGAUGUAAUUUCCUUCACAGCUGUCCGCGCGAUGUGACCAGCAUAUAUACGAAGCCGCCUCCAGGCCACAACAUCAAUAUCGUGAGCACGGCAGUGCCACUUAAGCUGCUUAGCUUGGCGAAGAGCAGCUUCAACGCAAUAUCCAGGAUGUCCAUCGGCAAAGCGCGGCCAACGGAACUGUCGUACGAAUUGUGUUGGGUUUGCUGCUCGCAGCGAAAAGAAGUUCGAUGACGACUCGAGUCCCUGCAACAAGACACAGCGAAACAGACAAGCAGACUGCAUGUCUCUGUAAACAGGUCACAUCCCGCGUUGUCCCCGCUCUCGUCCGAGCCGCCAACAACCUGGCCUUAUUUCCCACGGCCGUGGUCGUAGUAACGGCCGUUGCCAUGAUAUCAUGGCCCACAUGGCCUCUAGCAUUCAUUCGCGCACCUGUGACCCUUACGUGCCGCCCCCUCGAUUAAAUCGCUAUCUCUGGCAAAAUCCUUCGCAGCGGUUUCUUAUGGCCCGUGCUGUUGGCGAGGAGGUUGAUGCGACCAGCGGGGAUUUGCCAUCCGAUAACCAGUACGACAGCUUGGCACGUGCUCCAAAGCAUACUGACUUGUUCGAUCGUCUGUCCCAAAAUAAAUGUACUGCCACCCCUCACUAGCAAUGAACAUGCUGAGAGUGGUGUUACAGCCCUUGCACCAUGUCUCUCGAUGAUGGAAAACAACUCCGAAGAAAUUCUCAACGCAACAAUAUCGAACAUGAUACAACCACUGCCAACACCAUCUUGAAGAAAGCAAGUCCCAAAGCAAACCUCAAUGGCACCCCAAGCGUGAUGUGCUCAGUAGUUGCCGUAUCUCCGCGUAUGCGUACACAGUACCGCAUCGACCUCAUGUUCGUUCAGAAACAAACGCAAUAAUAUGUCUCGGAAGGUCACGUUGUUGUAGGCUCUGGAGCACACGAAGAUGGCACAAACUGUCGAACACUUGGGGUAAUUCCGCAGACGCAUGCGCAUAUCCCAAUCCUCUUUGCAUGCCCUCCUGCGCCAUCCACAUCGAAACGAAAACCAUCGCAACAACAGAAUGUCCUUCUCGAUGCGCAUGGUGCCCAAGAGCCGUGUCCACGACCUUGUCCUUUAUUGACUUGGGGAAUGACCUUGUCCGCGGCUGGCUGGCUCUGGCCCUCGGGCUGGCUGGGGCACGCGGCAACGUUCGACUCCUGCUCCGGGUCGCACCGGGCGGCGCCGGCGACGACGCAGUCGAAGGCGGCGCCGGGAAGCACCCGCUCGGGCGCCAGCCGCUCCGUCUCGGGCCUCGCUGGCGCAGCUGGCCAGCGGCGCCAGACGCGUUGCGUGAGCUCCCGUCUUAGCAAGGCACACCAUCGCAACGCACCCCGGCGCCGUCUGAGCCCUCGCUGCGUGUUCUGGGCCUGCCUCGAAAUUCCCCUGCACGAGGAGGCCCCCCUGCUCCACCGCGGCGGCCGGCGGGCCUGCAGAGGCGGGGGUAGCAAGCCGCUGUGGGGCAUCAGGACACUGCUCGCGUCUAACAGCAGACUUCAUAGGCAGAUGGGCGUCGCGCGCGCCAGAAGAUACACGCUGGUCGGAAGCAGGUGAAACAAUUGAAGUAGGAAGGCGAGUAAAGUAGGUUGGGCCCAGGCCCUCCCAGAGAAUAACAGAACACAGCAACGCAGAUCGGCUCUUGAAGCAGGAAGGCGCACUUGAAGCAGAUUGGGAUCUGGGAGCCAGAAAUACCUACUUUCAACGACCGACGUGUAUUCUCGCGGCGGCGCGCAGACCGCGGGCGGCUGCCCUGGCGCCCCCCGCGUCCAACGGCGACGCACCGCCAAGAUGGAGCGGCCGCCGCCGUAGCCCCCCACUCUUGCUGCCGCCGCGCGAACUCCUUGAGGGUCUCCUAGCCGGGCGAAGAAAGCGCACUCCUUGAGCCUGCUUUCGAAGGACUCCUGAGCCACGUGGGCGCGAAACGCGAAGUGCUAGUCCUCGCCGUCGCCAAGCGCCCCCGCUACGGCGCGGUACAGGCAACUGCCGCCACCCGGAACGUGGCGAAGCGACAGAAACCCCCUGACGCGCUCAGCGCGGUCGCGCAGAACGCUCUCGCAAGCGUCCUGCGCCGCCCGUUGCCCCAGCGCCAGGCGAAAGCGUUGGCGACCGCCGGUAGCGCGAGCCCGUCCGUCGUCGUCGUCGUCGUCGUCGUCGUCGUCGUCGUCGUCGUCGUCGUCGUCGUCGUCGUCGCCCGCGCGCGCUGGCGGCCCACCGCGCUGCCGUGCGCGCCCCUGACCGGCAAGGCGCCGCCUCCCCUGCCGAGCGGCGGGCAUCCGCACCCACGGGCCGCCGCGCGCUCGCCGGGCGGGGCCUGAGGCUCGAGCCCUGAGAUCCGACGCUCCAGAGAAAUCGGAGCGGCGGGAUCUGGGCAGUCUGACUCCUCGUCACCCUCCACGUCGAGGGAAGUGUCGCUGACGGUGAGCACACACUUGCGGCAAUUGCCCUGGAGCGUCAUGGUAACGGAGAAUGGCUUGAGAUGCGUGCCGGACGACACUACCGACUACCGACGAUCACUAAGGCUAGAGCCAAAACGGCUGCU